AACGACACUUCGUAGGGAUCGCCUGAGAAGCAGCCCUCCAACGACACCAUCCCAUCCAUCUGAAGCCAAGCACCGCUCGAAUCGAAGUUUCUCAAUCCUCACUGAAAGCAUCGGAGAAGGGACUUGGAUUCUGCCUUUUGUGAAGAAACAGUAACUGCUGAAAGCUAAUAGGGAAUAUGGGAGAUGACAGAGAAGAUCCGCAGAAACUGAAGCGGAUUGCAGCGGCUUCCUAUGACUACGAGAACGACCCAAGAUGGGCCGACUACUGGUCAAAUGUCCUCGUCCCUCCCCAUUUGGCCUCACGUUCUGAUGUCGUCGAACACUACAAACACAAGUUUUACCAGCGCUUCAUAGAUCCUGAGCUCAUAGUUGAACCAAUGUCUACUAGUGGUUCAUCCCAGCCCUCACGGCCUUCAACAGCAACAUCAUCAUCGGGAAGAAAUGAACAAGCUCCCUCACGAAACGCAGGAGGAUCAACCAAUAGAGCCUCAGGAACAUCUGCAACUACUGGUCCUCAUCCAUCUUCUUUGCGCUGGGAUCGGCAGACAAUUCAGUUUUCCGUUAAUGCUUGGGUUUUUGUUGUUGCUGUCCUUGCUAUCAUUCCACUGGUACCUAGGAAUAUUCAACAAAGGGCAUAUCGACUUUCUUUUAUGGGCACAGCAUGCUCUUCUCUAUACUCUUUGUACUCACAAUUUGGGAAACCAAGAGCAUGGAAUUUACAGGCGUUGCAAGUUUACUUUCAGUCAAUAAUUGGAACCAAAGAUUUUCUCUAUUUCAUCUACUGUCUUACAUUUGUUACUUCACAUCUAUGCCUUAAAUUUGCUUUGAUUCCCAUCUUGUGCCGGUCAUUGGAGCAUGUUACCAAAUUCCUCAGACGUAACUUCAGUCGCUCCACUCUGUACAGGAAAUAUUUGGAAGAUAUUUGUGUUUGGGUGGAGUCAAAUAAUACUACUCUCAGUAUACUGACAUCACAUGCGGAGAUUGCACUGGGCUUCCUUCUGAUCAUAGCACUAUUCUCGUGGCAGCGCAACAUUAUACAAACAUUCAUGUACUGGCAGCUAUUGAAGCUCAUGUAUCAUGCUCCUGUUACUGCUGCCUACCAUCAAAAUGUAUGGGCUAAAAUUGGGAGAGUUGUUAAUCCAUUUAUCAAUCGUCAUGCUCCGUUCUUGAAUACUCCAUUAGCGUCCAUACGAAGGUGGUGGUUCAGAUAGAAGUGAGGGGAAAACGCUGUGACAAGUAAUUCUGUCGAGAAAUUACUCAACUCUUCCAUUUACUAGCAGAAAGAAUGUCAGAUCAAGGAACAAGUAGCUCUUUUGAUCAUACAUAGAACUGAAGUCUUUACUAUGUUCUCUUUUGUUUGAAAAUAAUGAUCAGAUCAUGGAUCGUGCUUUCACUUCGGUACUGUGUAAGUCCAAAAUGUAGCUUCUAUCAAACAAUGUCUCAAAUAAAUCUACUUGUCAACUGAUAUGAGAUGUAUGGUUAUUAACAUGUCUGGUGUGCUCAGGAUAAUAUAUGCAAAAUUUUGUUCCGGGGAAAGGAAGCGUUCUUUAGUUUUUGUUUCCCCCGGAAGAAACUGUUGUGGGAAAAGUGUUAUCCAACAGCAUGGUUAUUUAUCAUAUUAUUAACUAUGUGAGCUUCUAUAAUUUAGGUUAGCUACUGUGCAUCUGUAUGAAAUUUGAGCUAGUUAUAUUGUCCAUGGAUUGCAAAUUAUGCGACUUUUAUA